AUGUUUCUUUCAUAUUCCUUUAUAUUUCCUUCCUUUCUUUUAUGCUUUACUUACUUUUUUUUUUCUAAUUAUUUUUCCUCUUUCUUCCAGUCUUGUCUUUUCCAGUAUGUUUAUUAUGUCUUUCUUUCCUCCUUCCACAUCGUUCUCACUUUUCUCCUUUUUUUCGUUCGUUUCAUCUUAUUCUUCUUUAUCUCUUCAUUUCUUUCUUUUUUUAUCUUCCCCUUUCUUUCUUUCUUUUUUCUUUCUUUCUUUCUUUCUUUCUUUCUUUCUUUCUUUCUCUCUUUCUUUCUUUGUGCCUUAUAUAUUUUUAUACCUAUAUUCUUUUCUCUCUCUUUCUUUGUGUUUCAUUCAUUCAUUCAUUUAUUCAUGUAUUCAUUAUCGUCUUUCCUCCUUAUUUUUCUUUAUUUUUCUACAAUUCAUUCUUUUUUACAUUCCCUUUCUUUCCUUCUUUUCUUUCUGCAUUUCUGUGUGUAUCUCUUUUAUUUCAUUCUUUGUGAUUUAUCUCGUUAUUUAUUUUAA